AUGUCACCUUCCGCAAAUCGAUACACCGGUCCCGUACCGACUUGUCCCGACUCGCUCGAUGCAAAGUUACCGCCCGACUUUCUGGGCGAGGCGGUGGAGGUCCCGACGAGCGAGGUCUACAGUGCGGCGUUGGAAGCGGCGUGGGAGGAACUAGGAGGGCAGGAGCGAGCACUGCGGGAAGGGCGACGACCGGACCCCGAACGGGUCGAACACCUCGAACCAGACCCGACAGACGACUCGAAACCUCGACCGAAGCACUACGGCGCAUAUGCGCUCGAGCGUGCAUCCCUGGACUGGAGCUACCAUGUCUUGCCUACCAAGGCGCGGCAGGCGCUCCAGGACCAGAUUGUCAAGUUGGUUCUCGAGGCGAGGGUGAGGGAGUGUUCCGAAGCGGGAGACGACGAGCCUUGUAGGGUUAGCGAGCGGAGAGAGGGGUUCGAGGAGGGCGAGAGGGAGGGAAGGGUUGAUGGCGUCAGGGAGGAGCAGAUGGGGCGGAAGGGGGCGGACGGAGAGGAAGGGAGACCGUUGGCAUUGUUCACGGCUGGCGGAAUGGGCGCGGGAAAGGGCCACACCCUCCGCGAGAUGCUCAAGACCGGCCGGAUACGCUUGCCCGCCAACACCGUCUGGAUCGACCCCGACGCCCUCUCCCGCCUCCUCCCCGAACGACCUCUCUACCUCUCCCACUCCGCCUCAACCGCCUCAUCCCUCCUGCACCCCGAAGCCUCCCUCCUCCAAGAAAUCUGUGCCGCAGUCGCCAAAUCUCAGAAACGCUCUCUCGUGAUUGACGGGAGCUUGACGGAUUGCAAGUGGUUUGAGGGGUUCAUGAGGGGGUUUAGGGAGAAGGGGUACGAUUGCGAGAUAUUGUUUGUGUCCGCCCCCCUAGAAACCAUGCUCGCUCGCGCCGCCCGCCGCGCAAAAACAACAGGCCGAGUGACGAACCCCGACGCGAUCAGGAAGAGCAGGAUCAAGAGUCCGGAGUGUGUGAGUAGGUUGGCGAAGCCGGGAUUGGUCAGGCGCGUCCGUCUGAUAGACAACUCCUCCGACUCAUCCUCCACGUCCUGCACCGGCCCUUUGACGCUCUACGACUCUGCCCUCGAUCCUGACUGGCCCUCUUCUACGCCUACCCCUUACUCACGAGGAAAGGCGGAGGGGGAAGGAAGAGGAUGGGAAGAGAGUGGGUGGGUGGACGCGACGGGGUUCGUGGAGGGCCGCUUGAGGCAGGAGGAGGAUGGGAAGGUGGUAAGAGUCGGGGAAGAUGGAGAGAAAGGGGAGACGGAUGGGAAGGAGGGAGAGGCGAAGGACGGGAAGUUGUAG